CGGUAUCAAAAAGGUUUGUUUUGCCUUGGCAACGCUAAUUUUCCUGUGUUUUUUUUGUGGACUUGAGCUUUUAUACUGACGACAAUGCCACCAAAGAAAGGAAAGGGGAAAGGGAAGGGAAAAGGCAAAAAAGGAAAGAAAGCUGCAGCAGCUGCAGAAGGUGGAGACGAGGGACCAGUUGAGCCACCAAAGCCCACCGAGAAGGAACUGCUUCUCCGAGCAGAAUUAGAAUCACUGACAGAGGAAUUAGCUGGAUUAAAGAAAAGAGUGGAAGAAUUACGUCAUGAAAAUGAAUGGUUACAACAGGAAGCCCAUCAAACUAGAGUGGAAAGUCAUGAGUACAUGUCUUAUAUGUCAAAGAAAACCCACAAGAGACAAACAACUAUCAUCACAUUAACAGAUCAAAACCAAAAAGAAAUAGAAGACAUUAACAAACAGAAAGAAGAAAUGUUAAAAGAAUAUGAAGAGAAGAAACAAGCCCUUAGAAACAUACUUCUGGAAAAAGAAGCAGAAUUAGCCAAGACAAAAAAGGAACUUGAUGAUUUGGAGGAAUUCAAGCGGCUUCAAGCUGAUCAGGUGCAAAGAAUAAAAGAUCUUGAGAAAGAAGUGAUGAAAAUGCGUGGUAAACACACUGAUACUAUACAAAAACUCAAAACACAGUUCUUGUCCGAGAAGAGGAAUUACCAACAGGAUUCUGAGUCUAAAGUCAACGAACUGGCUAAACAAGCUAACAGGGAAGCUCUGCACUGUCUGAAUGAACACACGUCAAGGAUAAAAGAUGAAAACAGAGAGCUCAGAAGAGAAUUACUGAAACUGAUCCAGACAACUCGAGCACUCCAUGAACAUAAACAAGAACUGGAAGAUCAAAGAAAGCAACUCAUGAGAGAGCAGCAAUAUGGCAAUGACUUAAAAACAUUGAAAAAUAGCCGUCAACAUAAAGUAUUGAAAUCUUUUGGAUUGUUGGGAGAUGAAGAUUCGGAGAGGGGGAGCAGUGCAUGUAGCUAAACAUUAGCUAUUAGCUGUACUGAGGGACACAGCAAGUAAUUAGUGUCUACCCAUAAUAUUCCAAUCUUUCAAAUUAUAUACCACUUUAUAUUACAUUUGCACAAUGCAAAUAGAACACAAGGGGAUUGAGCUUUUACACAUCUUAGCAUGCUCGACUGUCCCUUCAGCCUUUGUAAAAAUGUUAUGUGAUCUUAUGUAAGCUAUGUUUCAAAAUGUUCAUGGUAUGUUUUGAUAUUUAUCUACUUUUGUACAAAAAUUUGCUUGUGGUAUGUCACUGUUCAUUCUACCAUAAAUUUAAAAUUGGUAUUGUAAAUAACUUUAUUGUUAUCAGGCAAUUUUGUCCUAACACUGUAACAGAAAUGUGAAUUAAUUGUAAUGUGCAGUUUAUUUUUACCGUCCAUUUAAUGAUUAAAAAUAAACUUCUGAGACAAU